CCCUGGAACUCCCCACCGCCCUCUUCGGCAUGCCCGCUCUCACCCGCCUCUACCUCGGUCUCUUCAAGUUCCCCGACACGGCCGGCCUCCCGCGCACGGUGAACUUCCCCAACCUCCGUGAGCUCGGCCUCUGCAGUGUCGUCAUCUUCAGCAAAGACAUGGACUUCGUGCUCACCAGGAGCCCCGCGCUGGAGAUCCUGUGUAUCCAAGCCAGUUUGCUCACCGAGCGCCUCUGCAUCGUCAGCCGCAGCCUCCGGUGCGUGCAGGUCGUCGCAGCCACCGAUCUGGACAUCCUCCUGGCGUAUGCGCCGCACCUCGAGCGUCUCAUUAUCUGGUCAGUGUUGGCCAACGAAAGAUCAAACAUGACGAUCAAGAUUGCGCCUGCUCCCGCGCUAAGCAUACUUGGCUACUUGGAGCCGGAAUUCUACACGCUGGAGGUCGGCAACACCGUCAUCAAGGCUGAGACAAGGGCGAGUCCAACCACCAUGGUCCCAACUGUGAAGAUCCUUGGCUUAAGAGUGCGUUUCGGCAUUGGCGACGAUGUGAAGCUGCUGCCUGCCUUUCUCAGAUGUUUUCCCGCUGUUGAGAGGCUGCAUAUUGAGUCCAAGAAAACUGCUGAGCCCACUGGCAACUUCAACCUCGAGUUCUGGAAGGAGGCCGGUGCCAUCGAAUGUGUCCAAUCACACAUUAAGCUGAUGAUCUUCCAUAAUUUUCAUGGGGAUCAGAGUGAGCUUUCCUUCCUCCAGUUCAUCCUGGAGAGUGCGCCGAUGCUGACGAAGCUGGUGAUUGUGUAUCCCAAACGAACCUUCAAAUCGAUGACAGAGGCCAACUCCAAAUUAGAGCCUUUGUUUGCUGCAAAAUGGGCCAGUACAUGCUGCUCACUUCUGCUGACUGAGGGAGCGUAUGCUGAAGGAAAAGAACCAUCUGAGUUACAGAACUUUAAAAGAGGAUCUAAUUUCUCUGUGAGGGACCCUUUCGCCUUCAUCGUCCGAGCUUAGUUUCCAUGGAAAUGGUUAGUACUCUGUUGAAGUAUCUACAUGAAAGGCUCUGUUUUGUUCGUUCAGUGUUCCUUGAAGACCAGUAGGGUAUCUUGAUUCUAAUAGGAUGACUGCACUGUAGUGUUGAUGAGAUAUGAACUACUUCAUUCUAUGUCCCCUGUGCCCCCUUUUUUUUACCAUGUAGCUUUGUCCUAAUGUUAUCAUGUUACAUCACACAACUCCUGCUAAAAAUGAGGCUAGCUUGAUGAUGGUGGGCCGUGAGAUACAGAUAUUUGAGCUUUAUUAUGUGUUGCAUACUAUUACCUAUUUCCUUUAUAGCAUCUUUAUGAUAUA